CUUUCAUUUUUCAGUACGCGCCAUAGCGGUGUCCCGUGCUGAGCUGUCGAACAAAACCGAACUGAUUCAUUUACGUCCAAAAUUAACAAUUGUCAUCAGUCAUGGAUGGUGUGUCUCGUGCUAACAGUCUCUUCGCUCUGGAUCUCUAUCGGGCUCUGAGCGCGAGCAACGCUGAGGGAAACAUGCUCUUCUCUCCACUGAGCAUCAGCGCAGCGCUCAGCAUGGUCCACCUUGGAGCCCGAGGACAGACAGAUGUAGAAAUGGCAAAGGUUUUGUCCUUUAGUUCUGUCUCCGAUGUUCACUCUCAUUUUGAGACCCUCACCUCAACUAUUAACAGUCCAUCAGCCUCCUACAUCCUCAAACUGGCAAACCGUCUCUAUGGAGAGAAAACCUUUAGCUUCUUACCUGAGUAUUUGGAGUCCACCCUGAAGCUGUACCACGCUGACCUUCAGGCUGUGGACUUCAUUGGAGCAUUUGAUGAGUCACGACAGCUCAUUAACAAAUGGGUGGAAGAGCAGACAGAGAAUAAAAUUAAAGAUCUUCUUAUGCGCGGUGCUGUAAAUGAGUUGACCCGUCUAGUUCUGGUUAAUGCCAUCUACUUUAAAGGGAACUGGAUGCACCAAUUUGAAACAAGAACAACUAAAGAAAUGCCAUUUAAAAUAAACCAGAAUGAGAGCCGGCCUGUGCAAAUGAUGUACCAGAAGAAGAAGUUCCCUUUCAGAUACAUCCCGGAGUAUGAAGUGCAGGUGCUGGAGUUACCAUAUGUAAAGGAAGAGCUCAGCAUGUUGAUCCUUCUUCCAGAUGAAACUCAGGAUGGCUCUGACCCUCUUCUUAAGCUUGAGAGCGAGUUGACCCUUGAUAAGCUGCUUGAUUGGACCAAAAGAGACAAAAUGGCUACGCAGAUGGAUACCGUAGUCUACUUGCCAAAGUUCAAGCUGGAGGUUGAGAGCUCCCUAUCAGAAAUAUUGCAAAAGAUGGGUAUGAGCUCUGUGUUCCAGGAAACAAAGGCUGAUCUGACAGGCAUGAGCAGUAAAGGUGGCCUCUUCCUUUCAGCAGUGAUCCACAAGGCUUUUAUUGAAGUCAAUGAGGAAGGCACUGAGGCAGCAGCAGCCACUGCAUGUACAGUAAUGCUUUGCUGUGCCAUAAUAACAAAACCUUUCAUAGCAGAUCACCCCUUCUUGUUCUUCAUUAGACACAAUCCCACUAACAGCAUCCUGUUUCUUGGCAGAUUCAGAGGCCCAUCCUAGAAAUUUAUCUUUUCUGUUACAUCAAAAUUCGUUGAAUGUUUUAUUAAAUCAAUUGCACCACAUACAUUUGUCAAACAUUAUAUUACUCCAGAUUGCUUAGACAUUUAAUAUUGAGUCAGGGAAUCAACUUUUCAUAACAACAACAUUUUAUGAACAUGGUACAGUAUUGUUCAAAAUAAUAGCAGUACAAUGUGACUAACCAGAAUAAUCAAGGUUUUUAGUAUAUUUUUUAUUGCUACGU